UGUCAAGCUGGAGUAUUCCGUAAGAUGUAGCUGUAGAGGUGCACGUUUCAAGUUGAAGUCAUCCACAUCAACAGCAUGAAUGUGGGUGGCUAGCCAGGGGACAGGAAGAAAGUAUUGAAGCUAAUCAAGCCGAAACUCUUCCUCAAGAAGGUAGGGCGCCAGAGCUCCGUUUGGACGUGAAUUCACAAUCACAUUCACUGCUUGGUUCCAACAAGGAAGAUGACACGACAUUUUGAAGGCAGCCAGGAUGCUUUACGAACGGCGAGUGCUGGAUGUCGCCAUCAUCGGCGGAGGCAUCGGUGGACUAGCGGCAGCAAUCUCUCUCCGGCGCGUUGGCCAUAAAGUCACCAUUUACGAACGCGAUGAUCAUACCGGAGAGACUGGGUCAGCAAUCAAUUGUGCGGCAAAUGGGACGCGCUGGCUGCACGAAUGGGAGUCGGCACCGCCGAGGGCAGGCCGGUAAUCCUAAAAAAGCUCAUCAAUCACAAGCGGGACACUGGAGAAUGGGACAACGUCUACGAUCUGGCCGACUAUGAGCGGCGUUGGGCCAAUGGAAGUCCUGAUGUGCAAAGACAAAGCCUGUAUUAUUUGAUCCAUCGUGUUGACAUGCAUCGCAUGCCAAUGCAAAGCAUUGUUGGUGAGGAGGGGUCUGGCCUACCUGCCAAACUUAACGUCAAUCGCAAAUGCUCCGAUAUCGACCUGGAGACUGGUCGAGUCAGCUUCGACAACGGAGACAGUGCUGAGCAUGACGUUGUCGUCGGUUGUGACGCCGUCGGGUCCGCCGUUUGGACACUUAUGGGCAUGGUCCAAGCACUGGGUCUUGAAGACUACUCCGUCAACAGCGGAAUCGAGUACUGGGGAGGCAAGGCAUCAACAAGAUCGUCAUGUCAACUUGCAAAGGCGAGAAAACGGCAAAUUGGUGACCUAGAUGCCAACGUUUUCGCCCAUCUGCGGAACUCGGAAGGUAUCAGGCCUUGGCGGGUGUUGGUCCGCGAGCUGUAUCCAUAUCGGCAAAAGAGAAAGGCUCGUGUUAUGGGCAAUGCUGCUCACCCUAUGAUGCCGGUAAAAUACUCUUCCAACCAAGAGUCAAUCCCCAACAAGAUCCAAGGCGCUUGUAUGGCUAUCGAAGAUACAGCCGCUCUAGGCAUCGUGUUCUCCUGUGAGCAUUCCCGCGCCGACGUGGAGGUCUCGUUGCAGCUGUACGAAAUGGUUCGCAAGCUUCGAGCUACCCGCGUCCAGGAAGCAGCACUUCAGGCGGGAGAAAACAUUAUCGAACGCGUCGGCUUUUCCUCGAGCACCACUCAUAAGAAAUAUCAAGUGGCUGAUGGGAAGAAGAAGCUCCCCCUUGAAGAGAUGAAUAUGUCAGUGGGAAGUGCACGCUCUUUGCGCCUUUCACUGACCGUACAAUGGGUGUAG